GUUUUCUAUUAUCAAAUAUUUUAGACAAUUGUUUGAAAAUUACAAUAAUAUGCUUGUAAAUUAUCAGAUUGUCUGAUGUAUGGACUUUAAAACUACCAUGAUAAAAAUGCGUUUGGCCCAAUAUUGAUUUACGUUUGAAUAUGGCAUCAACUAGUAAAGGACGUGGGGUCCAGAUACAAUGUCCUGAACAUCCUGAUACACCUUUAGUAGAAGAUUAUCAUGCUGGUGACAUGAUUUGUCCAGAAUGUGGACUUGUUGUUGGUGACAGAGUUGUAGAUGUUGGCACAGAGUGGAGAACAUUCAGUAAUGAGAAAAGCAAUAAAGAUCCAUCUAGAGUUGGUGCUGCAGAGAAUCCAUUGUUGGAAGGUGGAGAUUUGUCAACUGGAAUUGCCAUAGAUCCCAAAAGUACCCAAAUGGAUGAGUUUGGCAAACCUAUGUAUAGAAACAGACGUACUAUGAACAGUGCUGACAGAGCAUUAUCAAAUGCAUUCAGAGAGAUUGGUGAUAUGGCUGAAAGGUUAAAUCUUCCUCGAAUGGUUGCAGAUAAAGCAAACACAUUGUUUAAACAAGUCAAUGACACAAAAUCACUGAAGGGUCGCAGUAAUGAUGCUGUAUGUUCAGCUUGUAUGUACAUAGCUUGUAGACAGGAAGGUGUGCCAAGAACAUUUAAAGAAAUUUGCGCUGUGUCCAAAGUGUCAUCAAAGAAGGAGAUUGGGAGAGUGUUCAAGUUAAUUUUGAAGACGCUAGAAACAAAUGUUCAGCUCAUAACAACAGGCGAUUUUAUGUCCAGAUUCUGCUCAAAUUUGAGUUUAUCUUCAAAGAUACAGAGGGCAGCUACCCAUAUUGCCACUAAAGCUGUUGACAAAUACCUUGUACCAGGGAGAAGUCCUGUAUCAGUGGCCGCAGCAGCUAUUUACAUGGCAUCACAGGCAUCAGAGGAUAAGAAAACACAAAAAGAAAUAGGAGACAUCGCAGGUGUUGCUGAAGUUACAAUAAGACAGGCAUACAAACUCAUGUACCCUAAAGCCCAUGAACUAUUUCCAGAGGAUUUCAAGUUUGCCACACCUAUAGAACAGCUACCUACACAGUGAUCAGAGGAGAAACAAUGUUAAUUUGUUCGGGAAAUAAUUGUUAUCAUUUGUCAAUAGCAUAUUAUUAAGGACAACUAAAAAGCUAUUUAGAUAGCUUUAUUCUUUCAAAUAUUUAUAGUUUGUUUCUAGUAAAAAACAACACAAAACACCUAACUAUUUUCUUUCUUUUCAGAUAUUUUCAUUGCUGUAACAUUUAGAGUUCAUAAUAUUUAGUAUUGUCUUUUUUAAAAUGAAUUUAUUGGAAUGACUAAAAUAAACUUGACAGUGAA